GUAAUCCGGGAUCAGUAAUCGGUAGUGUAGCGCCGAACUAGUGCGGAGUCGGAAUUCGAUUCAAAAGAAACUAGAAAACAUCAACAAUCCGUCAGUGGUUUGUGAUCAGGAAGGAAAUAAGUGUGGCAGGGAAAAGCUUCGAAAUGCAUCUCCAUUUUGAGCGUAGUGCUUGUACGCGGGCCGACUCGACCGUGCAGGCUCUUUCCUGGAUGGGGAAAGUUCCUGACGAGCUGCCCGAAGACGAAGGAUGGCGACUCAACCGUCUGAACUACUAUCAGGACGGCUGGCUCGCCUCGGGCAACACUAGAGGCAUUGUUGGAGUGACUUUCACAACGUGCCACUGCCGACGUACGUCGGACCAGCCGAGCCGAACGAAUUAUAACAUGCGAGGUCAUCGAUCCGAGGUGACGCUGGUUAAGUGGAACGAACCAUAUCAGAAGCUGGCUUCGUGCGAUAGCAGUGGAAUAAUUUUUGUAUGGAUUAAAUACGAGGGCAGAUGGUCGAUCGAACUGAUCAAUGACAGGAACACGCAAGUGACAGACUUCGCCUGGAGCCAUGACGGCCGAAUGGCCCUCAUCUGCUACCAGGACGGUUUCGUCCUCGUCGGCUCAGUGGCGGGACAGCGAUACUGGUCUUCGAUGAUGAAUCUAGACGCCACAAUAUCCUGUGGGGUCUGGACUCCCGAUGAUCAGCAGGUGCUGUUCGGAACGUCGAAAGGUCAUAUCCUGGUGAACGAUGUUCAUGGUGAACUAGUGACUCAGGUCUGUGUGAUAAAAGACACUCCGAUCAUCGCGAUGGCUUGGUCGUGCGAGAAAUUCAAGAUGGAGGAGUCCGAGUUAGAUGGGCAACAAGCGAGCGAGAAUCAAACAUCCCACGGUGUUAUAUUGGCCGUAGCUUUCGACAGCGGAAUCAUUUAUCUGAUGAAGAAUUACGACGACCUCAAUCCGACUGUACUGCACACUGGCCUCAAAGGCAUCAAGCUCGAAUGGUCGAACAGUGGAGAGACGCUCGCAGUCGCAGGAGUAGCCGAGGAGCUCUCUUCCACAUCGUUUAGGAACCUAGUGAAGUUCUACGUGGCUGAUACGGGCAGCCUUCGAUUCGUGGCGUCCAUACCGUACUCUUUGAAGCCGGUCACGGCGCUCACAUGGGGCCACAAUGACAAGCGCCUGUUCGUUGCGACGGGAAACGUAAUCCACAUCGCAUGGGUGACCCGUCGCAUGGCCUCGCUGCAGUUGCUCUCCAGACUCAGCAUCCAACGCGCACUACAGAAUGAAACGCAGGUAGCUCGUCUGCAAUUACCGACUCGACUGCGUGCAUUAGUGUCGAACCUCUUCGGGCAGACGAUCAAAUGCUACCUGCCGGCACCUGACCGCCUAAGGGAAUUCGUGUCGAAACCACCUGCGAACAACAUUCGACUUCACUGCACGGUUGUCCGACACGACGACGACGUUACGGCGGGAAGCGCGACCUACACGUUGUUCCUGGAGUACCUUGGCGGUCUCGUGCCGUUGUUGAAAGGGCGACGCGCUUCGAAAUUGAGACCGGAAUUCGUCAUCUUCGACCCUCAAGGGGACAGCCAGGGUUCGGCUAGCAGCCAGGUGAGUUUUCCGCGUCGAUGCUCUCGGUGUUCGGACUCCGGAUCGCCUCCCGAAUCAAAUCUUAAUCGAAUGGCGUAACGAAUCUGUCGAUCGUCGCAGGCAACGCCAGACGUCUCGCAGAGAUGCACGCCAGCGGCCUCGUCGGAUUCUGAACUCGACGAAGGGUGUGCCUCACCUCGAAUGCAGCGUCGGCGGCGUUUUCGGAAGCAGCUCCUUAGCAACGGCUUGCUUGGCGGAUCCGUGACGAGCGGCAAACCUGAGUCCAGAGAAUCUUCACAGCAGCGGAGAGAGAGCGCUUACGUAGACCUCUUGCCUGAAAACAGUAAAUUGUUGGCGAUAACGUCAAAUAUUUGGGGCACGAAGUUCAAGCUGAUCGGGCUCGUCGAUUGGCUGCCAGCCGUACUGGGGAUCAUGUCGUAUCGCACCAGUCUACUCCAUCUGCAGCCACGUCAAAUGACGCUCAUGAUAAAAGAACUCCAAGGUCUCCGACCGCAUUCCAAUACGAGACUCCGAGCCAAAAGUGGACUCCAGAGCACCCCGUCGUUCAGCGAGGACGACGACGAACUCACAAACGGUAGGUCGACCGGAAUUCCCACGAAUGUCUCCGCGACCGAGAGUCCACCACCGAUCGCACCCAUGACUCCGAAAAAGCAAAGAUGCGCACUCACUUACGAACAAAUCGCCGCGCACGACCCCGAACUCGACGGCGACAACGAACCCACACCGGCCGAGGAAGUUCUGUCGUUCACCACCACGAAAAACAGCCCGAACACAUUACAAAUCAGUUUGCGGUACAGACCGACUUCGACGUCGGUGCCGAGCCAAAUUCAGUCCGUGGCCACGCAAACGAGUCUGCACUGCCUUUACGAUUUGCUCUCGACCAAAGCCGCCGGGAGCUCUGCCGGACCGUCGAGAGAGACAUCGCCAGUAGCCGGACCCUCUCGACUGAGCUGUGGUGCUACGGAACACUCCUCGGGUGUAGCGACAUCGACUGGGGCAUCAUGCUCUUGCCGAAAGCCCCCUCGGUCGUCGUUAAACGGCACUUCGCCCACUCGAAAAGUGAUGAAACGUAACAGCAGGGUCGACCCGGACCAAAGUUCCCCAGUAGAAGAAGUUCCCCAUUCGACGACGAGCGAGAUCGUCCGCGCAGUCCACACUCCCGAGCCCCGUUGGGCUGAGAAAGCAUCUGAUAUCAAGUACAUUGAUCACGAAGAGGACAUCUCGAACGUUGCAGCCUCCGACGAGAGCCGCGCCUCAGCGAGCGGUCAGGCGGCCAUUGAAAAUGCUGUCACCGUCAGAGACGCAAGUAUUCGUAGAAUGCGAUCGGACACAACUAAACGUUUGACUCUUCGCUCGGUGCGCUCGCCUUCAUCUCCAUCGAAAGCGGAAAACGGAGAGGUUGACGCAUCUCUGAAGACAAAAGAAUGUCUCAUAGACGAUCCCGGCUGCUGUUGUGAGGCUUGUCAAGCCACCGACGACGAAGGCUCCUCAGCACCGAGGACUCGGAACUCACCGAUGCUCCAGAGGGCGAGAUUAGACUCAGACGGGAACGCGACUCCUCGUCCCAUGGAACAAUCAUCCUUGCUGGGUUCGAACCCGCUGCUGAAUCCCCUCAGCUCUGCGACGUCGGCUUCGGUUCUCGAAAACGCCAUAGUGAGGAACGAGCAGGAUAUUUCGAGAGGUCUCACGCCACCGGCGAGUCCGCCUGUGAGCCGGAGUACGCCCACCACACCGGACCUCAACAAUCGUCGGAGGAACAAAAAGCAAUCGACGAAUCAUCUCAAGGCGCUACUGUACAGUCCAUUGCUGCUACGUAAGGUCCGGAAACAGUCGCUAAGGUCCACUAUAGAGAGCUCCGACGACGAGAACACAACACCGGCGGGAAGCAGCGAAGAUGUCAUAUCGAACAAUGGUUUCCGAGACCUUGAGUCAAUGCAGAAAGCUUACAUCAAGAAGAAACUGAAGAAACGCCACGGAAAGGUGCAUCAGCAAGAGAUGCUCGUUAGCUCAAAGAAAGAACAGGAAGCUCGACAGGCCCAACCCGCGCCGGUUUACCGCGAGUUCAUUUUGUCUAAUAAGGCACCUCUCUGGAACGAGGCCAGCCAAGUGUACCAACUCGAUUUCGGAGGGAGAGUCACACAAGAAUCCGCGAAGAACUUCCAAAUUGAAUUCAAAGGCAGCCAAGUCAUGCAGUUCGGCAGAAUCGACGGCAACGCGUAUACUCUCGACUUCCAAUAUCCCUUCACGGCCCUCCAAGCAUUCGCCGUAGCUCUGGCCAACGUCACGCAACGAUUAAAAUAA